CGGGAUCCUCUGUAGUUCUUCAAGCCUCAGCAGCCAACUCCUCCAGAGGCGCCGAGCUCCGCCCCGGCGAGCGCAAACCCGAGGAGCCGGGACCCGCGGCUGGGAGAGCCCCGGGCGCGGGCGAUGCGGGCGCCGCGGGCGACACCUGCGGCUCCUCUCGGUGGCGGCAGUUGCCUCGGCGGCUGCAGCUCAAGCCCCAGCCGCCUCAGCACCCACGGUCGCCGCUACCGAGAGAGCCUCCGCUCCGGUCACCCUCUCUGAUGCUCCUGCCCGCUCCCGGCCCCGCCGACCCGGGAGGAUGUGGGUUCUCGGCAUCGCAGCAACUUUUUGCGGAUUGUUCUGGCUUCCAGGCUUUGCGCUGCAAAUUCAGUGCUACCAGUGUGAAGAAUUCCAACUGAACAAUGAUUGCUCGUCCCCUGAGUUCAUCGUAAAUUGCACAGUGAACGUUCAAGACAUGUGUCAGAAAGAAGUAAUGGAGCAAAGUGCCGGGAUCAUGUACCGGAAGUCAUGUGCGUCAUCAGCAGCCUGUCUCAUCGCCUCAGCUGGGUACCAGUCCUUCUGCUCCCCAGGGAAACUGAAUUCCGUGUGUAUCAGCUGCUGCAACACCCCUCUUUGCAAUGGGCCAAGGCCGAAGAAAAGAGGCAGCUCUGCCUCGGCGAUCAGGCCAGGGCUUCCUACCACUGUCCUGCUUUUCAGCUUAGCCCUUUGCUUGUCACAUUGCUGAAGCUAAAGGCCAUGCCGCUCCCUCCUGCAUUGUCACCCGGCCCCUCACUCUCCCACCUCCCCAAGUCUCUUCUGGGUAUCCUUUAAUUCUGGGUAGACAAGGGAGUCCUUUUGUUCCUUUUCAAUAAUACAAGAUCACAUACAAACACUUUUGUAAUCUCGGAAUCAAUUCAGUCUGAAUUUGCAGUGCGUACUUGAAGAAAGAGCAUGGAGUGGAAAUCCAGCCCCAAUCUGUGUAACUAGCAUCAAAGUCAGCCUGGAAGAAUCAGCUCCUAGAAGCCAUUGAAAUAUGCACCUGCCCUUUCCAAAGCCUCUAGUUUCCAUCCUGUUCUGAUGGGGCCACAGUUUAUUUUGGGACUGCUGCGUGAAGAUGAUGUUGCUUUUUG